CCUCAAUCGGGGUGGCACCGGCAAUCGCACGUUCACCGCAUUAAAUGCGGUGGGUGGAUGUGACGUCGCAUUAAAUGUGGUGGUUGGCUGUCUCCAAAGGGAAUCUUUGAUGAUUGAGACUGUUUAGCCGAAGGCUCUUCAUGCAGCCGAGGGCUUCGUGUGGCCGAAGGCUCUGUGUAGCCGAAGGCUUGGUUUAGCCGAAUGCUUCUCUGAUGCCGAGGUUUCAACGGUGCCGAAGGCUCCUGUUUUCUGCCAUUUUCUCCCAGUAGCUUCGUAUGCUCAAAUAUGGCUGUUCUGUGAGUUUUGGAGCCCUCGGCCAAGGAGGCCCGAAGGCACCCAUGUGUGCAUCGUGGGUUUCUUUAUGCUUGGGCCACUGUGUUCGGGCCUUGUGUGCUCAUUGGGCCUGCGCAGGAGAAGUAGGAGUCUGUGGGCCGGGGGUUUCUGGGCCAUAUACUCCAUCACUCGGGUCAUGAAGUUGUGAGUUUUUUUGUGCUUCAUGGGUACCUGGACUGGUGGGGUGACCGCCCUCGACCCGGAAUCAAAGGAGCUGCGAAGGGAAAAUUGACAACCACGUCUGGAACUUCACGUAAUAAGCCUAUAGCCAAAGCCCAUGCUGCUGUGGCCGUUGAAAAUGCACACAAGGUGACUGCUGACAGUGAAGGGUAUAGCAGCACACCCAAUCCACUGUCGGGAUUUACUUCAGAACAAUGGAAAACCUUGCUUUCCUUUUUCGGUAACUCCUCCUCUUCUAGUGACCGCAUGGCAGGUAAAUUCAAUACUAAGGCUUGGAUUAUGGAUACCGAGGCUACUAAUCAUGUGUGUGGUGAUUUAUCCUUAUUGUGUCAUGUUAAAUCUAUUAAGCCAUGUGCCGUGUGACUGCCAGAUGGGCAAAACCGUCAUGGCAACACAUGAAGGGCGAGUUAUAUUGACAGAUGAUUUGCACUUAAAUAAUGUGCUCUUUGUUCCGAAAUUACAUUGUAAUUUGAUUUCGGUGUCACAGCUGAGUGAUCAAUUAAAUUGCUUUAUUCAAUUUGCAUGUAGUUUAUGUGUUAUACAAGACCGUCUCUCGAGGAGGCUGAUUGGAAUGAGUGAACGGAGGGAUGGACUGUAUUAUCUGCAAGAGACACAUGCGGCUCAUAUUUUAGCAAUCAAGGAUUCCAGAAGUUUGGUGGUGGAAUUGUGGCAUCAACGAAUGGGGCAUCCGUCAUCUCAAGUAAUUGAAAAAUUAGCUCCUGUGAGUGGUUUGAAACAUGUUGGAGGUUUUCCAUGUGAUGUUUGUUUUAGAGCUAAGCAGACUAGAGAUUCGUUUCCUACUAGUUUGACUAAAACUCAUAAACCUUUUGAACUUGUGCAUUGUGAUUUAUGGGGUCCUUAUAACUCUCCUUCCUCGUGUGGUGCCCGAUAUUUUUUAACUCUGGUGGAUGAUUAUUCUAGAGCUG